AUGGCUCACGUGCACUACAAAUUCUCCUCCAAACUCAGCUACGACACGCUGGUGUUUGACGGCCCGCACACCACGCUGAGUGAGCUGAAGAGGGAGAUCAUGUGCAAGGAGAAGCUGCGAGCCGGGAACUGCGACCUGCACAUCACCAACGCUCAGACCAAGGAAGAGUACACAGUUGAUGACGAUGUGAUCCCCAAAGGCUCCUCGGUCAUCGUCAGAAGGAUCCCCACCAUCGGAGCCAGGCCCAGCUCGAAAAGCAAGGCCAACAACAUUGAGCGAUCUGACGUCCAACUUCCCCGAGCCUCUGGACCCAGCAGAGCCGUGGAUGACCAGAAUUCAACCUUGUCCUUGUUUUCUAAGAUGACUAACCUGGCUGAUGUGGAUGUGCCAGAGGAGGAUAAACUGAAAGUCAUGAUGAGUCAGUCUGUCUGCGACUCCAUGAAUUUGACCAAGAAGCCCGGCAACCUUCCUGAGAGCUACACUUGUUAUCGCUGCGGACUUUCUGGACACCACAUCAGGAACUGUCCAACAAUCGGGCAAAAUCCCAGUGCUGAGACUCCAGUGAAGAUAAAGAAGAGCACGGGCAUCCCUCGGUCCUUUAUGGUUGAGGUGGACGACCCCGGCAUGAAGGGAGCCAUGCUCACCAGCUGUGGGCGCUAUGCCAUUCCCGUCAUAGACGCUGAGGCGUAUGCUAUUGGUAAAAAGGAAAAGCCUCUAUUUUCUGUGCAAGAGUCCGAAAGCGAAGAGGACCCAAUACCGGACGAGCUCCUCUGUCUGAUCUGCCGUGACCUGCUGUGUGACUCCGUGGUCAUCCCCUGCUGUGGAAACAGCUACUGCGACGACUGUAUUCGCACUGCUUUGCUGGACUCAGAAGAUCAUGUCUGCCCCACAUGCGGCCAGUCAGAUGUCUCCCCUGACACGCUGAUAGCCAAUAAAUUUCUCAGACAGGCUGUUAACACUUUUAAGAAAGAGCGAGGCUACGCCAGCAGAAAGCAACCAGCAACGUCCCAAUCCCAGAAUUUAAAUCCAACACCAAAGCCUGUCCCCACCCUGCCUCCGCUCAGCAGACACGGCCGGCAGCAGAGGCCUCAGCGUUCACACCUCAGACAGCAGGAGUCCCUCCGGGUUCAUCCUGAAGCGGCCAAGACGCCGCCAUUAUCUCAGGUGUGUGUGGAUCCUCCCACAGCAACAUGUCCCGUCUCUGCCCACGGCACAGCCAGCCUCUCCGCACAGUCCGUGCACGACAGCCAAGAGAUCGCAGUCAAGGAGGACUCCCCGUCUUCACACGAUUCCAGCAAAGAUCAGAUCACUUCUCCAUCCCAGCUGACACCGCCGGAGAGCAAGGUUAACUCCAGUUCAGUGGCAGAGCGACCGCAGGCCGUCAGCAUGGACCAAGAAAUGCCCUCCAGUUCCUCAGGACACUCUAAGCCAUCAACCAGUCUGGAUAACUCCUCUUCCUCCGCUGGUUGUACCACUGGCAACUGGAAUGAACCCAUCAAGCAGCAGCAGCAGCAGCAGCAGCCUACUCCUCCGUCUCCCUUUCCCCUUUCCGUUUUUCACACAAACCUACCCCCUCCUGGAUACCCUGCUGCCACACCCAUCUGGACGCCCACAGUCCCCCAGGGCUCCUCCAUCACCUCCCUCUGCUCCAGCGCCCCCGCCGUGCACAAGGAGUGGUACGGGAAUCAGAUAAAGGAAAGGCCAUCUCACAGAACAUCCAGGAACAGAUGCUCAUCCUCCCAUUCCAAGUCCAAGUCUUCUCAGUCCUUCUCUCACUCUUCCAGUCGUUCUGAAUCUCGCUCUCGCUCCAGAUCUAAAGACAGAUCGAGGCAUCGCUGUUCCAACUCCCGUCGCAGGGACCACUACUCUCGCUCAUCCUGUUCCUACACCUUUGGUUACAAGCGCUCACAUUCACCGACGCCUUCCUCCUCAUCUUCUCCUCGAUCGGGCUACCAGUCCAAGUCACGUAGAGACCACCGGAGAAGCCGCCAUGACAGCAAAAGCUCAUCGUCGAGCAGCAGGAGGCGAGCAGAUCGCUCCAGAAGGGACCCGGCAGGCACACACUUGAGGGCUGAGCAAAAGAAACAGAGCAGCAGCUUGGAGCUGGACCGGGAGCGCUACAUGCAGUGGAAGAAGGAGUACACAGAGUGGUGCGAGAAAUAUCUCAGCAGCUAUGUCAGCCAUUUCCACCAGCUCCCUUUUGCUCCCUUACUCGGUCCUCCUCCUGCUUGUCCUCAGUGGGAGGAAAAAGACGAGACAAAUCGCUCACAAGCCUCUUCUUCUCACCACCAAACACAAGAAAGACACGCCACCAGGAGGGACGGCCAGUCCUCUUCAUCAGACUCGUCUAGUUGCAGCAGCUCCUCUCCAUCUCAUUCUUCAAGUGAGAAUCACUCAACACCGUUUCAGUCACCCAGUCGGUCAUCUCUCUCUCACAAGAACAGUUCCUGCCGUUCACCUCCGUCUCAGUCGUCCAAUGACGGCCUCUCCGCACAGUCUGAAGACAGAAAUCAAACGGGGACUCAUGAGAGCAGUACUGCUAAUAACAGCGGCCUGCCAGUUACGCAUAUGAAGCGAACUGAAGGUGUGGACGACCGGCCGCCAACACAGAAAAGUGUGGAGGAAUCUGAUCUCCUGAAUCACGAGCAAAAGGAGACGAAAACGCAGGAGGUAGAAAGACGGGAGAGGUCAUCAUCUCCUGCUGCUGCUGCAGACUCCAAAGCUGAAAGCCAAGACAACAAAAGCCUAAAGACAGAAAUACCAAUCAGUGGGAGUGAAGUAUCAAAUACCAGAGAUGCUUUAGAAUCAAGCCUACAACUCCCGACACCAGGUAAAAGUCGAGACAAGAAUCAUGAGAGAAAAGCGAAAAAAGAGAAAAAUCUGGAAAAGGAGAAGGUAGCGAGGACAGACAAAGAUUCACAGUCUGGGCGAGUUGAGGAUGGACAACACAGUGUAAAGCCCAGUGAAGAGGCUGACUUGGUGGCCACAGAUAAAAAAGAAAGCUCUGAAAGCAGAAGAGGACAUGACACUAGAUCAGCAAGGAACAGAAGGUGUACAGACCGAGAAAGAAAUGACAGAGAGAGGAGUCCUGCUGUGAAGCAUCAAAGCAGCAAAUGCCACAAAACUGAAACCUCACAAGAUCCCGAGAGCCGCAGGAGUGAAUCUCCAAAGCCACUCGAGAGAAAGAAGCAGAAAAAAGAGAGCACACUGCUUUGGACAAAGGAGGACAUCUGGGAGAAAGGGAUUAAGGUAAAACCACAGAAGAAGAUAAACAUCAACAUCAACCUUGAUGUGAAAAGAAAAGAUGAAAGUAUCGAUCAACAGGACCUGUCUAAUUUAGAAAGCAUUAAGGAGAAAACACGAGAAAACACAGAGCAUGUUCUUAUUGAAGAGGAGACGUUUAACCAAGCUCAGAGCGAAAUGGAAGCAAAUGGAAAAACAGAGACCGGCAGAGAGGAGAAGACUGAAGAAGCAACAAAGCCAGAAGAAGCUAUAUGGGACCAAACCUUUUUCACGAACGCCAGCAUUGAAAUGUUGAAUCAACCAAUGUUUGGGGAUGAAAAUGAAGACUUGAGCUUGUGGCAUUGUGCACUUAAGAGUGCAGAGGAGAUGGACGACAUCACAGAAGCAGAGACGGUGAGCAUCAGCCAUCAAGAUCAAGUGAUGGAAGAACUGAUCUCAAGUUUGCAGACAGAAGAAGAAAACCCUUUCAAGAAGAAUGGAGGUGAAACGACGAUGGAGGAAACAAAUGCAUGGGGGGAAGACUCAAACGCACCGACCCCACAGACGAGCAAAAAUGAGAUUCAGCAUGAGCCACUGACCACAGCAGACAGCCAUGUGAACCCUGCAGUGGACAGAUGUGGGGCUGAAGAGAGUCAGGAAAGGAGAAGUCUGCCGGAAAAGUCACAGGGCCGUGCUGCCGAUGGCCAGAACGAGCAGGUUCUUAUGCAGGUGUUUCGUUCCAAAAGGGAGAGGGAAGAAGAGGAAGAGCAGGAUGAAGGAGAGGUUGGAGUUCACACCGACACUCCUCCUGUGGCUCUGAGCCAGCCGGCACUGACGGUGAACAUCAGGCCAACGGAGACAGGCGAUGGCCAACAGGAGCAGAGGUCAGCCGAGAUGGGAAGAGACCAGGACAGAGUGAUGGCGAUGGGCAAAGAUCAGGAGGCCCAAAGACACUGCAAUCUGUCUGCAUCAAAACGGGAUGUGUCUCCCUCUAGUGGCAAAGACCAAACAAGCAGCCCGUUGUAUUCACACAGAGACCACAACCAGGACAGAGAGAGGAGGACUGAAGAGGAGAGGAAGACAUCAAAGGAACACAAAAGGGAGAAAGAAAAAGUCAGGAACAGGGAUAGAGAGGUGGAGCGCAGCAGUUCAUCUUCAGCACAAAAGAGAAAACACUCUUCAUCUCACUCCUCUACGUCACAUAACCGAGAGCGAGGGGCCAGCCACCGGAGCUCCUCCAGUAUCGCAAGCAGACACAGCAGCACAGGGAGAAGAUCUGCCGACCUCCCUGAUCACAACCCAAAGAAAUCCCUCAGAGACACCUCGCCAGCCUGGAAAAGCAGUCACCAAGAUCCAUCAAGGACCUACAGACACCAGCCCAGAUCAGCAGGGACUCACCACUCCUCUCCUCCCGUCUCCCACAGACACAGCAAAGACAGAGACCUGCUCCCGCUUGAAUCCUCCGCAGAGUCCGCGGACCGGGGAUGGAUGCAGAGCAAAAAUCGAAAUGAAAGCAAAACUGAGAAAAAGGAGAGAGAACCAAACAAAGUGGAUAAAACAAAGAUAGACGGCAAAUCGAGGCGAGAUCAUCGAGACAUUUCUGAGCCAGAAAGAGUCAGGAAGCGUGAGGAGGACGUCUUUUAUCAACGGGAUGGAACAACCAAAGUUGGCAAAAGAUGAGAGCUGGAGCGCAAAAGCAGCGGCUCAUCAUGAACCUUUGAGGUCAGGAUACACAAAAAAAAAGAUGACAUAACAUGCUGGACUUGAAAAAGAGACCUAAAGAAGAGUUGUUAUCAUGAAAAAAGUGAAAUUUACUUGAAUUUUUUUUUAUUUCUUGACCAAAGAUGCCUUGACUAUCCAAGGAUCCUUGAGAAGAGACAUUCAUUUAAACAUACUGUGAAUUGUGGUUUCAGAUUUUGUUGUAUAUUUAUUUUUUAAUGUUUAAUUUAAAACAAACUGAAGAAAUAAUUUAACAGACUUCAUCUUUCAGUUUUUUUAUGUUUUGAAAAUAAUUAAAAGAAGAAGAAAAGAAAUGCACAAAGUGUUCUGUGGGUUUUUCUGAACAGAUGCAUUUUGUUGCUUGUAGUUUGAUAUCACUUCAUUUUGGUUUAGAGACAGUGGUACUGACCAAAAAAAAAAGGAGGACUUAAAGGGAACUGUGGAGCGGAAACUUCCAAGGCAUUUAUUUUUUCCCACCAAUAGUGCCAAUGGUGACAAUGCUGUACCUUAAAUAUGUGAUGAAACUAUAUGUUCAUUUUGCUUUUCAAAAUGUUCUUUUCAAACCUUUCUUUUCCAGGAGUAGAAAUUUACCGGAAGGAAUUUUACUUUAAUUUACCCAGCAAGCAUUAGCAAGUUCAGGUUUGAAGCAAAAAAAACUAUUGAUGACAGAAAUGUUUACAAAAAUGUGAUUUAUGUGGCUUAAUGUUCUAAUUUUUGUAUUGACUUGAGUGGAUUGCCUUGUGCCUGAAUGGUGCUGCACAAAUAAACUUGCCUUGCCUCAUAAUGAGAAUGUUUUCCAAUUUACCAUGAGUAAUGUUUUAAAAAUGAAUCCCUGUAGUUUUAUUUCAUGCAACAUAGAUUUGUUGGAUGGCUUGUGCUUGUGCUGUGCAUAGCAAAAUUUUUAUUGCAGCUGUAUCAAAAGCAAAACGACGAUCAGAAAGAAACUUACUGCAAAGUAGCAUAGUGAUAUGCCAAAUCUCCAUGUUAAUAAUUACACUAUUUAGGAUUUAUGUUACACCACAGGACAAAAAGACUUUCACUGCAGCACUUGACCAGUUAGUUCAGCUUAUAGCAUCUGAAGAAUAAUUUUCCGUCCUUAAAUUGUUUCAUUUCAAUAAAUGUUGAUCGUGCUGGUCUAUCACAUAUAAUCCUAAUAAAAUACAUUUACAUGUGUGGUUGUAA